UAGCUAUAAUGUUGUCAAGGCUUCGAAAAUUAAAUAAACAAACAUCGCAGAACACUCAGUUGUGCUUUUAAAACUGCAUACUUUUCAUUUUCUUACCCUUGUCUAGUCUACUUUUAAAGCAGGUUUUGGGCAAUGUCAACUCAUUAUAGCGCCAACCAGUACGAGAAUGCAUUUGCUGCAAAUCGUCUUCAAAACUAUGAAGUACCCAAUCGUUACAAAGAGCAUCCAUCUCCAAAGGAAGGUUUCACACGUCCAAUAAGUAACGAUAGAGGACAUUUACUUCCUGGUGUGGCUCGCUCAUCCGAAUCGCCAUGGGGAAAUUUUAAAGGAACAUGGGAUGAUCACAUGGAUUGUAGGAGAACAAAACAUUUUCAAAAAACUCUAACUUCAUCGCAAAAAGCCUUUAUGAGGAAUUCACAACAGAACGAUAAAAUGUGUGAAGAGAAGCCAGCGUCACGAGAACAGUCCAACCGUGAAUAUAGGCCCCAACAAUCAGCUCGAACGCCGGAGAAAAUUAGGUCGCCAUCAGAAGCAAGCUGUGAAGCGAUCACAGAAUAAGUCAUACAGCUAUUUUUUCAUAAUUUAUUAUUUGAAUUUUUUGUAAUUUUGUACAUACACUACAAUUACUUUCAUGAUAACAGGGUAUACACUGAAACAA